ACGAACUUCACAUAUUUCCGAGUCGGAAAUAGCUCCCAAUUCCUGUAGCCAAACAGACCCCGUCCUCUCUUGAUAAAUACAAGCAAGACUUUCUCUCUCCUCGCCUCUCCCUAUUUAUAAAUCUACCACAGCGACCUCAAUCCAGAACUCUCCCUCACUCCGUCCAUUAUUAUUCCUUCCUUCACUCAAGCUGUUUACUUUACUGACGAACUCUCCCCAAAAAGAUAACAAUGGCGGACAAGCCCGAAUCUUCCGAUGCGAAAUCGGGGAAGAAGGACUUCUCCACCGCGAUUUUGGAGAGGAAGAAGUCGCCGAACCGUCUGGUUGUUGACGAGGCCGUCAACGAUGAUAAUUCCGUCGUCGCGAUGCACCCUGAUACCAUGGAGAAGCUCCAGCUCUUCCGCGGCGAUACUAUUCUCAUCAAGGGCAAGAAAAGGAAGGAUACUAUCUGCAUUGCUCUUGCUGAUGAGACUUGUGAGCAGCCAAAGAUUAGAAUGAACAAGGUUGUUAGGUCUAAUUUGAGGGUGCGACUUGGAGAUGUUGUUUCUGUGCACCAAUGCCCUGAUGUUAAAUACGGAAAGCGUGUUCACAUACUUCCAAUUGAUGACACAAUUGAAGGUGUCACUGGAAACCUUUUUGAUGCAUAUCUGAAGCCUUAUUUCCUGGAGGCUUAUCGUCCCGUGAGGAAGGGAGAUCUCUUCCUUGUUAGAGGUGGCAUGAGAAGCGUAGAAUUCAAGGUCAUUGAAACUGAUCCAGGGGAGUAUUGCGUGGUUGCCCCGGAUACUGAGAUUUUCUGUGAGGGGGAGCCAGUGAGAAGGGAGGACGAGGAUAGGUUAGAUGAGAUUGGUUAUGAUGAUGUUGGUGGGGUCAGAAAGCAGAUGGCCCAGAUCCGUGAGUUGGUUGAGCUGCCCUUAAGACACCCUCAGCUCUUCAAAUCUAUUGGUGUUAAGCCACCAAAGGGUAUUCUGCUGUAUGGUCCUCCUGGUUCUGGAAAGACAUUGAUAGCCAGAGCUGUGGCUAAUGAAACUGGUGCAUUCUUCUUCUGCAUCAAUGGACCUGAAAUCAUGUCGAAGUUGGCUGGGGAGAGUGAAAGUAAUCUGAGGAAGGCUUUUGAAGAGGCUGAGAAAAAUGCCCCUUCUAUCAUCUUCAUUGAUGAGAUUGACUCCAUUGCCCCCAAGAGGGAGAAGACACACGGUGAAGUUGAAAGGCGUAUUGUCUCACAACUGCUGACUCUCAUGGAUGGACUUAAAUCUCGUGCCCAUGUGAUUGUGAUGGGUGCUACCAAUCGUCCAAACAGCAUUGACCCAGCUCUCAGAAGGUUUGGGCGAUUUGACAGGGAGAUAGAUAUUGGUGUUCCUGAUGAGGUUGGACGUCUCGAGGUUCUUCGCAUCCACACAAAGAAUAUGAAGCUAUCUGAUGAUGUAGAUCUGGAAAAGAUUGGAAAAGAUACCCAUGGAUAUGUCGGUGCUGACCUUGCUGCUUUAUGCACUGAAGCUGCACUUCAGUGCAUCAGGGAGAAAAUGGAUGUUAUUGAUCUGGAGGAUGACACCAUUGAUGCUGAGAUACUGAAUUCGAUGGCUGUUAGCAAUGAGCACUUCCAAACUGCUCUAGGAACUAGUAAUCCCUCUGCUUUGCGAGAAACGGUGGUUGAAGUACCAAACUGUAGCUGGGAGGACAUUGGUGGGCUUGAGAAUGUUAAGCGAGAACUUCAAGAGACUGUUCAAUAUCCCGUGGAACAUCCCGAGAAGUUUGAGAAAUUUGGCAUGUCACCUUCAAAGGGAGUUCUGUUCUAUGGCCCUCCGGGUUGUGGGAAGACUUUGUUGGCUAAGGCAAUUGCCAAUGAGUGCCAAGCAAACUUCAUCAGUGUCAAGGGUCCUGAGCUCUUGACGAUGUGGUUUGGUGAGAGUGAAGCUAAUGUCAGGGAAAUCUUCGACAAGGCCAGACAGUCUGCACCAUGUGUCCUUUUCUUUGAUGAGCUCGACUCCAUUGCAACUCAGAGAGGAGGCAGUGUUGGUGAUGCAGGUGGUGCUGCUGAUCGUGUUCUGAACCAACUUCUCACUGAAAUGGACGGCAUGUCAGCAAAGAAGACUGUCUUCAUAAUUGGCGCCACGAACAGGCCCGACAUCAUCGAUUCGGCACUCCUCAGGCCCGGCCGUCUUGACCAGUUGAUCUACAUCCCUCUUCCUGAUGAGGACUCACGUCAUCAGAUUUUCAAAGCAUGCUUGAGGAAAUCACCAAUCUCGAAGGAUGUUGACUUGAGGGCAUUGGCCAAGUACACUCAAGGCUUCAGUGGUGCUGACAUCACCGAGAUAUGCCAGCGAGCUUGCAAGUAUGCCAUCAGGGAGAACAUUGAGAAGGAUAUUGAGAGGGAGAGGAGGAGGAAGGACAAUCCUGAGGCGAUGGACGAGGACGUCGAUGAUGAGGUGGCAGAGAUUAAGGCAGCACACUUUGAGGAGUCGAUGAAGUAUGCACGUCGCAGUGUGAGCGAUGCAGAUAUCAGGAAGUACCAGGCGUUUGCUCAGACAUUGCAGCAGUCAAGGGGCUUUGGAUCAGAGUUUAGGUUCUCGGAAACCUCUGCCGGAGGUGGUGCAACAGCAGCAUCUGAUCCGUUCUCAGCCCCAGCUGGUGGAGCUGAUGACGAUGACUUGUAUAGUUAAGUGAGAAAGAAAGGAUAGUAAUCCGCCAACCAAGAGAUCGUAGCAGUGGAAAUGCUCUCUCUGGUUCUGGUAGAGAAAAACAGUUCUUUUGUGUCUUUUAUGGUUUGUUUGUUGAGAGGCCGUUGUGUACUAUCUGGGUUAGUGGGCUAGCGCGAACAUUUGACAUCUGCGUUGCUGUGUUAAUGUUCUGCACUGUUUUUAUUUAAGAUGAGGUUAUAACUUAUAAACGUGUUAUCAGCUAUGUUAAUCAGUUUCACUGCUUUUCUCUGUGUAUAUCCCUGGAUGUUUCGGCCAUAGCUGCAGGUUGUCAUGAAUAAAAGUUGAAGAAAUCCCUGUUGAGGGUUUGAUCCUGAACUGUAUGCCAAGAUUUGUCAGAUAGUAAUCUAACAGAGCUUGCAAUUGGUAACUUCCAGUUUGCCUCUGUCAUUAGCAGAACUAAGAAAAAAUAAUUCUCAGAACCUUAGUUUCCAUUUGCACAGCAACAGAAGGAUGGAUCUCUUAUCAGGUGAAUUAACGAACUUUACUUCCUACAACCUAGUCAUGAACGGGAAAUGAAUAAAUGAAGAAGCUACAGAACAUGCGAAAAUAAGCCGGAGGAAAAAAAAAAAACUUUGAUCUAGAAUUCCACAAGCAGUGCAAUUGCGACUGAUGUGUAAUUGGGGUGCAGCAAACACUCUCAAGGGUAGCGGUGGUGGCUGAUGAAGUUGGGAGUUUCUUCAAUGGCAGUUAGAACCAAGCAGGGGAAGGUAGUUGACAUAUCUGGAAGGAGCAGAGGUGUGUCUAAACCCUUUCGGCAUGCAGUUCUUCACUUCCUUCCCUCCAAACACCACAACUUGCCCUUCUCUGCCGCCGUGAUUCCUCUUAAGCUCCACAUACCCCUUCUCUUUCGCCGACGAAUCGUGAUAGGGAGGAACAUCAUUCACCAUUGUGCUAGGAACACUUGAUGGUGGCUGCCGGAUGUCACGACCGCCCUCGAUCCUCCCCAUCAUCGCCAUGCAUAUGAUCACCAUCACCAGCAAUGUUGCUUCAAACUUCACAACCCUGCUGCAGCUGCAACAACACUUCUUCAUAUCUUUGGAGGAGGAGAUAAUGGGUAAGAAACCUUGGGAGGGUUUUGAAGGAUUAUAUGAUUGAUGGUGGUGAUGAAUGACGAUGAUGAUGAGUUUGUAGAGGCAAUGUAGCUCCCUAUAAAUAGGAUCCCCGUGACAUAAAGCAAUAGAUAGGCAGAGAGAGUGUGAGACAUGA